CCGGCCGCCGCCAUUGCCGCCGCGGGAGGCGGCCUCGGCAGGAAGUUCGGGACCCAUCUCCGGGAGCGGGCGAGCGUGUGGCUACGGCGGGGCGCAGGGCCCCAUCUCCGGGAGCGGCAGGUCUGGGGAGUCCCGCCUCGCGCCUGCCCCGGCCCGCGCGGAGCCGCCCGCCUCGUCCGCAAGAUGCCGUGUGUGGCCGACUGGCUGAACAGCCCCCUCAGCAUCGUGCAGGGCAUCUUCGUUUGUUUUCUAGCUCAAAAUGGUCCAAGUCCUGACUGGGAGAAGAAAGUAACUGAAUACUUUACAGAGAAGCUAAAAGAAAAUAAUGCAACUAACUGGGUACCAUCAUUGAAUGAUGUCCCCCUACAUUACCUGAAGCCCAACAGUUUAGUGAAAUUCCGCUGCAUGGUUCAAGAUAUGUUUGAUCCUGAAUUUUACAUGGGAGUCUACGAAACAAUUGACCCAAAUACUAAAACACGUGUUUUGCAUUUUGGUAAAUUCAGAGAUGUAGCAGAAUGUGGGCCUCAGCAGGAAAUUGAUUUAAACUCAUCACAAAUGGUCACUUCGGAGAGACAGACCUUCUACUGUGUGCCAGUGCCUGGAGAGUCCGCGUGGGUGAAAGAAGCAUAUAUUAGUGCAAGUCAGGCUCGAGUUAGCCCUUCAACAUCCUACACUCCAAGUCGGCACAAGAGGAGUUAUGAGGAAGAUGAAGAUAUGGAGCUGCAUCCAUCUAAACAGAAAGAGCAGCAUAUGGGGAAUAUAGGUGAUAUCCAUGGAUGUGGCGAGCCAAAGCGAUUAGAAACUGAAGCUUCUGCAGGACAUCAGCUAAUCUCCCCAAACUGCUCCCCUCCACUUGAUCUAAACUUUCCACUGCCGGGAGAGAAGGGUCCUGCAUGUCUUGUAAAGGUCUAUGAGAGAUGGGAUAAUUUCAAAGUCAACGAUACUCUUGAGGUGUAUGGCGUUUUGUCUGUGGAUCCUGUGCUCAGCUUAGUGAACAAUGAAGACAGGGAGAACUCAUCACCACUUGAUCCUAUGGAGUGCAUGGACACAGUAGAAGAACAAAGAGUACACAGUCCUCCUGCCUCAUUAGUCCCCAGAAUCCAUGUGAUUUUGGCACAGAAAUUACAGCACAUUAAUCCAUUAUUGCCUGCCUGCCUUAAUGAAGAGGAGAGUAAAAGCUUCGUUUCUAGUUUUAUGAUGGAACUUUCGCCACUUAGAGCAGAGCUGCUUGGAUUCCUCACUCAUGCACUCUUAGGAGACAGCUUGGCUGCUGAGUACCUUAUAUUGCAUCUCAUCUCCACAGUCUAUGCGAGAAGAGAUGUGCUUCCUCUGGGAAAAUUCACAGUCAACUUGAGUGGCUGUCCAAGAAAUAGUAUCUUCACAGAGCACAUAUACCGCAUUAUCCAGCAGCUUGUUCCAGCAUCCUAUCGUCUGCAGAUGACCAUCGAAAACAUGAAUCACUCACGAUUUAUCCCACACAAGGACUACACGGCUAACCGCCUAGUCAGUGGAGUAUUGCAACUGGCCAGUAACACUUCCCUUGUGAUAGACGAGACCCUGCUUGAGCAAGGACAGCUGGACACAACAGGUGUACAUAAUGUGACUGCACUGGGUAACCUGAUAACUUGGCAGAAGGUGGAUUAUGACUUCAGUUACCACCAGAUGGAAUUCCCGUGCAAUAUUAAUGUACUUAUCACUUCAGAAGGCAGAUCACUCCUACCGUCAGAUUGCCAGGUCCACUUACAGCCACAGAUAAUUCCACCGAACAUGGAGGAGUACAUGACCAGCCUUCUCACAGCUGUGCUGCCAUCCAUGCUGAACAAAUUCCGCAUCUAUUUAAGCUUGCUGAGGCUGUUGGAUUACAGCAUAUCUGAUGAAGUGACCAAGGCAGUAGAGGAAGACUUUGUAGAAAUGCGUAAGAAUGACCCUGAGAGCAUAACAGCUGAUGACCUUCACAGAACUCUGCUUGUAGCAAGGUUUCUCUCUCUCAGUGCUGGGCAGACAACACUGUCCAGAGAGCGGUGGCUAAGAGCAAAACAGCUGGAAGCAUUACGUAAAGCCAGGCUCCAGCAACAGAAGUGUGUCAAUGGAAACGAACUUUAAUAAUUCCUCCUACUAUUUUGCUUACUUGUGACUAUGAAAAUGAGAUUUGUCCUACUCCUAAGUGGAGCCAGCACUCAGAAUGGGAUACUGUUUAUAUCACAGUUUCUUGUAGAUAAUUUAUACCAAAAAAUUAUGGACACUUACCCUUGAAACCUGAACCCAUUUAGUUUAUAUGGGGUUCAGAAAGCUAAUGCUGAAACUUACUGAUUUUAUGAAACUUUUUGGAGCUUGUUUUGUAAUUGAGAAUUAAUAACAAUGAGCAAAUUGUUUGAUAUUAAAAGUUUAAUACUGAAAUUGUGUAAA